UAAAUUACAGGAUAUAGUACUACUAGUACUAUAUACAUUCCUCGUAGGCCGCAAAAGGAGAUACUCGAUAAGCUCAACCCGACCAGUCUCACAAGUGCCUAAAUCUGCCUAGUGUAAUUUACCGUAAGUAAUGAAAGUACAUGUACCGCGACGAGCGUGUUUCGGAUGGGCUUUUAAGCAGUACAGCGGACGAACGACACGACGGAAGGACAAGACCAGAGAGGAAAGAAGAGUUGGGCAAAGGGGGAAACGGUCAGAAAGUGACCAGAGAGGGAAAAAUACUGGAUCGGCCAACAACCAUCUCAUCCGCCAUCGUCACUCUUUCUUCCUUCCUCUCCUCCUCCUCAUCCUCAUCCUCAUCCUCUUUCCUGUCCUUUCCAUCUCCAUCACCAUCUCACCGAUCCGUAACCAAUCCGGAAUCCCCAUCUUCUUUUCUCUCAGCUCCAUCCGCCGGCCCAGGCAAAUUGAUUACACCCACCACUCCUUGGCUGGGCCUGGCUUUUGGCGCAUCUUCGCCUCGUCGGUCGACUGUUGUUUCGGAAACCGCUGACCCGCCGCGAGGAUUUGUCGGUUCACCAUUAAGCACAAAGAGCCUUCGUCUUAAGAUUCCUGUGCACCCGGUAAGGCAAUUUCCCCUUCCACUCCAUCUUCGUACCUUUCCUACAUUUACCUUCGCAACUAUAACAUAUCGGCGAUCCCCUACCUUCCUUUUCAAUUCACCUCCCGAUACUUGGACUACUCGAAUUAAUUCUCAGAGCAGGUAGCGCCAAAAGCGACAAACCGGACGGACGCGUGAUAGCUUCGCUUUUACAUUUCGCAACACUAACCUGGCCUCCCGCGCAUGGCCGGCGGUCGCCCAUCUGUGAUA